AUGACUAGUAGAAAAUUUAUCAUCUCUACUCCACCUCACACCAACUUUUCUUGCAGGUACGGUGAUAUAAGGAGAGCUAUGCUUUCCAAUUAUGUGACUCACAAAAGAAACAAGGCGUCACUUUGGUGGAAAGAUCUUUGCUCGGUGGGUUCGGGAGGAAGUGGUCAGUUGGAGAAUUGGUUUCCAUCUGCUAUUAUAUGCAAGUUGGGAAACGGAGAGCACAUUGAUUUUUGGUUAGAUAGAUGGCUAGCGGGAGGACCUCCUCUCUGUGACCGUUUUCCGUCUCUUUACCGGUUUGCGGAGGCUCUUGGAUCUAAAGUGGUUGACAACGGUUUUUGGAUUUCGGGUGUGUGGGAGUGGCGAGUUAAUUUUGACGAUUUCUUUGUAGAAGAAGGCGAAGUGAAGGUGGCUUAUGAAUUGUUGUUGGAAGGUCGGAUUCGGGGUGCUAGUCUCAGUGCCGACCUUGUGAAUGCCUUGGCUCGCCUUUGGAAGACCAAAAUUCCUAGUAAGUUUUUAAUUUUUGGUUGGAAGCUUCUUCUUGACAAACUUCCAAUAAAGGUAAAUUUAGUUAAGCGAAACAUUUUGUUAGCUUCUACGGAGAUUCUUUGUCCUUUUUGUGGGUUGGAGGAGGAAGAUUUGGAUCACCUUUUUGCUUCUUGUCCGACUACUUCUCUUUGGUGGACCAAGAUGUGUGAUUGGAUCGGAUUGGGUAACACCUUUUUUCUGGGUAAUUUUUUCAAUCGUCUUUCUCUUUUGGAUUCGUCUUGUAAAACCAAAUUUAAGGUUGAUACUAGUUGGUUAUUUGGCUUGACUUUUGGUUGGGGAGUUUGGAAUUGUAGAAAUGCAAUUGUGUUUGAGGGUGUUUCUUUGAGGGAUAUUGACACCUUAGGUAUGGUUAAGUUUUUUGCUUGGGAAUGA